GUCGGCCUCCUUGGCUGAUCGGGGAACCGUCUUUACCGACACGUCCUUGUUUGUGCGUUUUAAUCAGCGAUUGGAAAAUAACAGGUAUUCUUAUUCGUCCGCCUCUCGCACCCAGAUACACCCAGUAGGGACGAGGGGAGAAAGAAAAUCAACAGAAGCCCCCUUUGACGCCCCGUUUGGCUCAAACCCUGCGCGUUAUUUUGCGGGGUAGGCAGCAGUGCGCAGGGGUAGAAACAGCCGGGCUGAAUCGCAACGUGUUUGUUAAGUGUCACCGCAGUCUGACUGUGUUUUCUAUGAGGCAGUCUGAUUUAAUGGGGCUGCCGUCAGCCCGUCUCCCCGCCUCUGGACAGAUGAUCGCCGCCUGAAUUUAAUCCCCUGAAGACGACUUUGUGGAUAUGGAAUGGUGCAUGCCGCUGGGCCAAGUUUUCAGCCUCUGAAAAACACCGGAAUCAUGGACAGUCAUCCGCUGUAAGUGUGUGUGUAUCGCUCUCUCUGUCUGUGUAUGUGUGUGUUGACGUUUCCCAGUGGCUGCUUUGACUGAUGGUGCCGCAUUGACAGAGACAGCGGCCAGCCGGUGUGGCUGUUCACUGACCGGGGAUCCGCGCUCUCAUACCCGGGGACAGACACCGAGCCUACCCGCCGCCGCUGCAGGAGGAUCUGAACCCGGUUGUUGUAGCCUUGAAUGUUGUCGUUUGGAUAACGGGGGUGUGUUGUGUUGAUGGCAGAGGGGAUAUCUGCUGUUCUGUAUGUGUAAAGUGCUAUAUUGGCCAUGUGUGUGUGGGUGUGUUUGUGACAGAAAACAAGGGCCAUGUGAUGCUAUGGGCAGCAUAAUUAUACCAAAGCGUUAGAGGUUUAAACAUGCAAGGAAGAGGCCAUUUGUUUGUGCAUAACUACUAAAAACACUGUGAGACACUCUAGGUUUUUAAGCUUUUUAUGCUUUUUUAUUCAUUCAGAUUUUCUGCUAAUUUGUACUCAAGCUUGGAAGUCACAAAUACAGUUCAUUACAGCGAAAUAGCUAAGUCAAUUGCGAUACUACAUAAAGUCAAGUAUCUUCUAAACCAGUCAUCGCUAUACACCUUGUAGCCUACUGUUCAUACAUUCUCCUUUACAUCACCUGUUGUGUGGACGUGUGGGGGAACACAUACAAAACAAACACGGAAACAAUAUACAAAACCCAAUUCCAUUGAAGUUGGGAAAUUGUCAUGAACGUAAAAUAAAAACAGAAUACAAUGAUUUGCAAAUUCUUUUCAACCUAUAUUCAAUUGAAUACACUACAAAGACAAGAUAUUUAAUGUUCAAACUGAUAAACUUUAUUGUUCUUUUGCAAAUAAUCAUUAACUUUAGAAUUUGAUGGCAGCAACAUGUGCCAAAGAAGUUGGGAAAGGUGGCAAAAAAUACUGAGAAAUUUGAGGAAUGCUCAUCAAACACCUAUUUCAUUGGCUCAUUGGGAACAGGUGGGUGCCGUGUUUGGGUAUAAAAGCAGCUUCCCCAAAAAUUCUCAUUCAUUCACAAGCAAGGAUGGGGCGAGGUUCACCGCUUUGUGAACAACUGCGUGAGCAAAUAGAGAGAGAGAAACAGAAACAUGAAUUUAUAUCAAUGGGCAACUUGCCUUUUUUUCUGAUAUAUUUUCUUUCUUCCGUGCUGUUAUUCCUACACAUAGUAACACAACAAUAAAGGGGUAGGACUAGGUAAGUUUGAUCAACUUCAUGCUACACCCUUUCGAACAAAGUAUGAUUAUCUAUCUGUUAUUCUACUGCACUUAUAUUACAGCUCUGACUCAAUGUCUAGAUGAGGUACUUCAUAUACAAAACCCAAUAAAGCCUAAAAGUGUGAUUCCAACAGUUGACUGAACGGUCUAUACAUGCAGUUUCCAACCUCUUGAACUAUUCCAGUCUUACUCAACUACCCCAAAAAUUAGCCAAAAAUUGAACAUGUAAUUUUAGUUCCUCAUUGAGAUUUUUAAACUAAAUACUAAAUAGUUAUGCAUGAGAUGAUCUUUUUUUAAUUCGUUUAUUUGACAGGGACAGUACAUCAGGCAUUGUUGCACCAAUUAAAAAACAACCGAUGCUGUGUAUGCAGGACUUCUAGCCGUGGCUAAUUUGAAGUCCUUGUCCCUGGUUAGACAGUGGAAAAUACAGCACAUAGUACAUAAACCACGAAAUAGACAGGUAAUCAUAUGUUUGCAUAAAAACAACAAGAAAGCAAACAUAACAAGCAGUUUCUUCUGCACACAAAAAUCCAGGGACUUACAUAUACACAUACAUACAUACACAUGCACACACAUAGAUACAUAUAGACACACAUACAUGCCAUAAUAUACAUAUAUGUAAGUUGUCCAUGUAGAUUCUCAUUCAUCCAGGUCAUGGUUUUCUUGAAGACUCCAAAAUCAGGCAACUCUACAUAGUCCAGUUAUAUGUAAGUUAAUGUUCACAGAUUUGUCUUUGUUUCAGCCAUAGUUUUGUUUUGAUAUUUGCUUUGGGCUUCUUUAGUGUUUUUAUUUCUGAUAGUAAUAUAUUCCAAAUCUGUGGACCUUUGACUGAGAAGGAAGACUGUCCAAAAGCUGUCCUGCGUUUUGCGGGUCUCCACUGACUGCUCCUCUUGUAGAAGCUCCUUUUUACGAGCAUUUUUCGAUAAUUUCUUUCCCUAUAUAGUAAUUCCCAAGGCUUUUUUUUUGCAUCAUUUGAUUUGGUUGAUACGGAAAUCACAAUUUGUUCCAGUUGACUCCAGUUGUCAGUACAAAUUACCUAUCACUCUGGUUUAGUUAAACAUGCCACUGCCAGGCUUAGAGUGACUUUGGGUCAAAAAUGCCAACCUUAAAGGACAAAGGUCCUACCCCUGCUGAGUAAAAGCUGACAAAAACGAAGAUUUUUUAUUGUUUGCAAAAUGGAAGUAGCACCAUGGUUGAAACACAAACACGUGCUCAUUUUAAAUUCAGUACCAGCAACACAUUUUAAUAAAAGUUCUGACAAGCGCAACAAAACUGACAAAGUUGUAUUAUGCUAAACUGGAGGAACCUCUCAACUAGUUAGGUUUAUUUUCAACAGUGUAGUAACAAGACUGUGUAUCAAAAAGGCAAUACCAGAAGGGCUGAGUCUCCAAAAAGUAAAGAUGGGAAGAGGUUCGCCCACUGUGAGAGACUUCAUGUUCAAAUAAGUCAGCAGAUCCAGUAAAAUGUUUCUCAGCAAGAAGGUGUAAAGAGUUUAUUUAGCAUUUUGAUAAUUUACAGAACAUAAUAUCCUCAAAAGAUUCACAGAACAGAGAGGAAACAGACAUGGCUCUGUAGUAGAAGUCAUGACAUGGGCUCAAUAUUUCUCCCAAAACUGUCCUCUGGGAGAAAUAUGUUCACUGUCUGUGAACUCAGUUUGUUGCUGCAUCCGGGUUCAACUCUACUAUGUAAAGAGGAAACCAUUUAUAAACAUGAUCCAUAAACAAUGGUGAUUUCCCUUGGCCCAAGCUCAUCUCAAAUGUAAAACUGUAGAGUGGAAAACUUCCCUGUUUGCUGACAAAUUAAAGUUUGACAUUCUUCUGGAUAUCAUGGAUGCACAUUCUCUGUUCUUCAGAGUAGAGGGACUUAUUCUAGGCACAGAGCUCAAAAGCCUGGAUUCACGAUGGCAUGGGUAUCCUACACAUCUGGGAGGCACCAUUAAUGUUGAACAGCAAAUGCAGAUUUAGGAGCAACAUACGCUCUCAUCCAGACAACGUUUUUUAUGAAGACGACUUUGCAUUAUAAAGCAAGACAAUGCAAAAUCACAUUUACAACAGCAUGGGUCUGUAGUAGAAGAGGUAUGAACUGGCUUGCCUGCAGUCGUCACCUGACAGCCAAUGGAAACAGUUGGUGAACCAUAAAAUGAAAAAUAGGACAUGGGAGACCCGGAGCUGCUAACAAUUUUAAUCUCAUAUCUCAAACAUGCACAGAGUGUUGUCAAAAGAGGAAGAGCUGAUGCAACACAAUGGCAAACAUGCCCUUGUCCCAACUUGUUAAGAACAUGUCGCUGCCAUCAAAUUUUAAAUGAGCUUAUAAUUAUUUUUAAACAACGAAAUGUCUUUAUGUUUUUUAGACGAUCUUUGCCCUUUUUUGGGGUGUAAAAUUACUUGCAAACCAUGACAUUCUUGUUCUAGUAACAUAUGACACAGCAUUUCCAACAGUUUUUAAAAUCAGAUUUUCAAUCACAGGAAAAAUUUGAGCAACAUGUGGUCAUUUUUUUCUCAAAUAGACCUAUUCUGCCAAAGUUUUAGGAGUCAAAAAGAAACAAAGAAUAAAAUCUCAUUAUUUGUCCAGCCUGACUCAGCAGUCACUUAAUGAAGUCAAGGCCAAUUUAUUAUCCUGGUCCUCAGGGGUCCCAAAUUCUCAAGGUCCGUUGUGUGUCAGCUGGUCCAGGCAAUUGAGUAACUACUUGUUUGAAUCGUUGCUAAUGUACAAAAUAAACUGCGAGAUCGGGAUUAUUAGCAGAGUUUGUGGCUUUGUUUUGUAGAUGGUCUGUCUGUCAACAGUCUUUUCAUAACAACCUAAUUGAAACAUAUACUGUUGAGCUCAUUUUCUGAAUAUAGCUAAAUGAAAUGAAAAUAUAGAAAGAACCAGCUUGAACUUGUGCAGCCUGAUUAAACAGCCUGUUUAGGUGUUUAUUCAGUUUGAGCUACUUGGAAAUUGUAGUUUGUGGUGCUGUUAAACUCUUUUGACCUGUAUUGAGAAAUUAGUUCCACAGUUAAAAACGUCAAACAUAAAUGGGAUUGUUUCAUGCGUGCCUGCAGCAUUGAAAAGCGGUGACUCUCACUACAAUCAAUGACCACAAUGCCCUGAAUAGUUCACACCAUACGCUGUCAAUAGUUGUCAUGGGGACUGUUUUGUACAAAGUCUUUUAUUGUGAUGGAAGCAUGGCUUUGUCUGCAAAUGUUGGAUCAUGAUGCCAAAAGCUCAAGGCUAGAAACGUGAAAAGGUACAUACAAAAGGCUCUCACUUUGUCAACUGCGGGUGAAGUGACCCUUCAGCAGUGAAUGAUAUUUCAGGAUUCAAGCAGUGUAACUACUUUAUUUGGAAUAAAACACAAUGUUCCUCUGUUUUAAAUUUAAAUUUAUUUUGAUGAUUUUUUCCACUUAUUUUGUGUGAGGGUUUUUUUUUCUGCCUUUGUUCAUGGGAAAACUGAGAGGAGUCAGGAGGAGGGGUUGGGUGAUGACACAGUAUGUGGCAAAAGACCAAAGUUCAGAGUCGAACCUGAGAUCGCUGCAUUAAGGACUGUCACCGCAGCACAUGUGGCAGACACUCUUAUGGCUCAUUCAGUUUUUAUAAAAGUGACAUUUAAAGCUCCUGUGAGGAGUUUUUGGAUGUUUCCGAAAUACACUAAAAUUUGUAUUGAUGCCUUUUUAUAAUAUCCAAAAGCAAACAAGACUAUCAGCUACAGGAUUGAAGAUUUUUUUUUUGUAUCCUUAUUUUUAAUGCCUAACAACAGUGUUCAUUUGUUCAGUUUGACAUUUUAAGGAUUUACACACCUACUCCACUUUACCCCUAGCUCAUAAGGUAAUUAUUGUCACUGUUAGAGUAACUCAUUAAUUAGUUUGGUUGUAUUUUUUGUCUCUUUCAAAACCUGCAGACGAUCAGUAUGCUGCAGGCAGAAGAAGGCAUAUGGGUCAUGUUUGGAAUAGUAAACAAAUGGACUUUCUGAGGGCAAAAAAAAGCCUGAAAUUUUUCCAUAUAGUGGUUUCACUUACACCAACAUUAGUAUUUAAAAACAGCUACAUUUUGAGGUAGAGUUGACCUCAUCUAUGGCAGUUAAUAGCCUAGAUUCUGUGCCUAUUUCUUAACAAGCUGACCAGCACCUCACUAAAAAACAAAAAACCCUCGUACUUUUCUUUUAACCACAAUACUAUCCUUUGAGUCCAUGCACAAAGGGAAUCAAACCGAGGACAUAAAUAGUAACAGCAUAUGCUAAUUGCCAACAGUCAAAACAACUCUACUUUUGGAAACAGACCCAUCUGUCCAGGAUUUGAACAGAUGACAAACAAUCUCCUAAAAUAGAUGAUUUGAGCAGAAGCUCUUGUUCUACUUGUUUUAAGUGUUUUUCUUUUAUGAAAGAUAACUCUUUCUCUUCUGUUCUGUAACACUGUUAAAAAAAAUACAUAUGCACGUGUCUGUUUUGUUCAGGUGUACCAGACUCUGUCCACACACUCUGGACAAAGAAGAUGGAGUGGAGAGGCAGGGUCCCGUCACGCUCAACCCUCGGCACAUGAGGAAGGCGUUCAAAGUCAUGAACGAGCUGCGCAGGUGACGUACAUUUCAGCUUCCCAAAUCUUCUGAUCGCCCUUCCGCUGAUUUAAAAAUCUAAUCUGCUUUUUUUCAACCUCUUAAUUGCCUUUGCAGCCAGAGCUUAUUGUGUGACGUGACCAUAGUUGCAGAGGAUGUAGAGAUCUCUGCUCACAGGGUGGUGCUGGCUGCAGGGAGCCCUUACUUUCAUGCUAUGUUCACAGGUGAGGAGCCUCCUCUGCACAUGCUUUAUUAUUUUCUUGCUGAGUUGAUUUGUCCUGUGAUGUAUUGGAUGUGAAAUAUGUGCAUGUUACAAACAGGUGAGAUGGCAGAGAGCAGGGCAAAGCGAGUGAGGAUAAAGGAGGUGGACGGCUGGACUCUGGGUCUUCUGGUGGAUUACAUUUACACAGCAGAGAUCCAGGUUACAGAGGAGAAUGUGCAGGUGAGCUUAAAUCAUAAAUGUGUGAUAUGACAUCCAUACAUCCCACACUGCAUUUUACCUUCUUUUUUUACUUUAUUAUUGUGAGUGCCACAAUUUUAAAGUCCCACUCCGUUUGUUUGUUUGUUUGUUUGUUUUUUACUACUUAAAGUGUUCUCAGUGGUCUUUAAAUUGUUUUUACCAAAAUCAUGUUACCUGUGUCAUUUUCAAGAGCUUUUCUUCUGCAGAGCUCUAGUAGCUCAUUAGCAAGUCGCCUCUGAGGGGGGGGGGGCAGAGACAGCGCUGCUCUGCGUGCUCGUCUUCAUGUUAGCUUGCAGCCUAACAUUGCCGGUGUGGUAGAAGUGGCAGGUAACAUAGGAGCUAUAUCAUAAUAUCAUAAUUAGCUUUCUUACGAGCAUUUCAAUCCGCUAACACACACGCUUGUUCCAUGAUCGCCCUUUGUAUUUCUCCUCUAUAUAUACAGAUUGUGGCCUACAUAGCAGGGCUCUGGGGCAGAGCUUGGAUUUGUUACGUAUGUCAUCUCACUGUUUCUGAACCUGCUGUUUGGGUCUGCCAGAGAUUCACAGCGAUUUGAAUGAAGAAAUACUCAGAAAAGCAAUUUCGUAUUUAGUUGAUAUGAACAUAUAAUAAACAAGAAAAACAUGAUUUGCAUCAGAGUGGGUCUUUAAGGGCUUAACAGCUUCUGUGUAACUGUUUACUUUAAUAACAUAGUCUGAUAAACUGGUGUUAAUCUGGCUACAUAAAGAGUCUUUACUGUCUAUGGUGUUUUUAAGCACACACUGACAUAGAAUUUUGAGUCAGGGGGUUUGGGGAUUAAAUUGGAUAAUGUUUUCAUUUGUGUAGCAGAUUGGUAUGUUAUCCAGCUUAACCCAGCUCCCUGUCAACCCCUUAAAAGCAGUUCUUUAGAAAACAAAAACAACUGCAAAUAACAAGUAUGAAUAGCUUGUGCCCUCAGGUAACAUUUCAUUUUGUAAUGGCUGCAACCAAGUCAGACUUAACACAAGAAAGGUGCACAUUUGGUCAACCAAAUAAUUAGAACAUUGCUAGUUUGCACCAGAAAUAUUACUCUAUUAACAAAUACUAACAAUAUUUUUAUUUAUCUUGGAUGUUUUCAAGACUAACUUUUCUUUUUUCAUCUGUAUUUGAGAGCAUAAAACUUUAAAACUUACAUCAGUCAGUCAGGUUAGUCAGGAUUUUAAUUUUCAUCUGGACAUCUAGGAAACUUAGUAGCACUUCACUUGCACCCAAUUCACAACAUGACAGUAGUUUUAUUAUCUAUAACUCUACCACACUUAAGUUUUUUUUUUUUUACUUUUGCCAUAUUCCUGUUAUGUUUGUUGAAGUUCUCUCUACAUCGUGACCACAUUUGGUUAGUUGAGGACCCUCAGAAAUAAAAAGAAAAAAAUGAAAGUCAUUGGCUAUUUGCGGCCUAUAAUCAUCUAAUUAUACUGUUCAGCUGAAAUGAUAUAAUUGUAUGGUUUACCCCCUAUCUGUGCACCCCUACCUGUGCUAAGUAUGGCCAGUGCAAGAGUCAUCUGCAAGCUACAGCUAGCACAUGAACCACAAAGAAAGGUAGUUCGAUACAGUUGUAACCCAUUGCGUAAUAUUCCUGUAUGUGUUCUAAUAAUUUGGACCUAAAAGCGGUAUGCUUAAUCACAAUAAUCAUACUGUUUGACAUCAGAUUGCUGCUCAGGUUAGAGUAAUAUGAGAUAACUUUACUUAAUUGAACUUUUAAAUCCAUACAGUAUACUCCAUUGUUUUUACAUCUUUAAUUUUUUUUUUUAAUAGGGCAACUUUACUAAUCUAAAUAGGGUAGAAAUCCCAGAAUGAAGGAGACAGACAAUUUUUCUUGGACUGACAGACAUGCAAUAAAAGCUGUUUGUGCAGAACAGACAAGGCAAAGAAUCAUCUGUUAUUCAAAUACUAGAGCACAAACCCAACAUAGUUAAACAUGAAGAAAAUAAGUGAAGUUAAAGUUUGUUGAGUAAGUGUGAAACUCACUUGAUAAAUAUCAGUCACAUGUUCACAACUCUCCGGCAUGAUUUUAAAUUGCUGCCUUGUCUGCAGGGAACAGCAAGACUAAUCUAAGGAGAACUAUAAGAUUCUUCUCGUCAGUAUUUAUAGUUUCAGAAACACAGAUCUUGUUUUAUAAUCCACUCAAAUGCAUUUUAUUAGAUAAGCCUUUCUUUCUACAGCAGCAGCUUCAGCAAGAGCAGUUUAGUUUCUCAGUUGUCGAAACUGUUGCUGUGGAAAACAAGUUGUUUUUGGAGGCUAAUCCUGUCAUAAUGGUGGUUUCUCUAUGCCAGGCCAACCUUUCAUUGCUUUAAAUGGAUUCAUCUGCAUUUUAAACAACUAAAUUGAGGAUGUUUUAUUUGUGUGUGUUCGUUUGAUAGGCAUUGCUUCCCGCGGCGGGCCUGCUCCAGCUGAAUGAGGUGAAAAAAGCUUGUUGUGAGUUUCUGAGCUCUCAGCUUCAUCCGUCCAACUGUCUGGGAAUACGAGCAUUCGCCGACCUGCACGCCUGCUCUCAGCUCCUCACCCAGGCCAACAGCUAUGCAGGUUUGUGUGUGUGUCGCUCUGCUGAAAGGGGUUUAGCUGUGAGUGUAAAUCCUGGAAGACAUGGGAUGGGGAAUUAGGUGGAGUUCUAAAGAAACUUGACAAAGAGGAAUCAGAAAAAAAGGAGGAAAACUGUGUAAGUAUGUUUUUCUUUCUCAUGUUAGAGCAACAUUUCACUGAGGUGGUUGGGAGUGAAGAGUUCCUCAACCUGGGAAUGGAGCAGGUGUCCAGCCUGAUCGCCAGUGACAAGCUAACCAUCCCCACUGAGGAGAAGGUACACACACACUUUCACACACUCACCCUGUUUAGUGCACUGAGAUAGGGAGAGUUGUCUUGCCAGUUGUGCUUAAAGUUUGUCCCUCUUAUUAUGUAGGUUUUUGAGGCAGUGAUAGCCUGGGUUAACCAUGAUAAAGAUGUCCGACAGGAACACUUGGCUCACCUGAUGGAACAUGUUCGCCUACCGCUUCUCUCCAGAGAAUACCUGGUGCAGGUAUGAGAGCCUGCAGGAAACAUCUACAAAGAAAAUGAUAUUAAAAACAAAAAGUAUGAAAAAUAUCAUUUAAAACAUAGAAAUAUCUGUUGGCAUGAUAAAAUGAGUACAAAAAGUUGUUACGGUGAAGUAAAGAGAAAAUGUUCCUGAAUAUAAGAGGAUAAGGCUGUCCAACAUUUACAAAGCAAGUAGUACUUUCCAUUUAUUUGAUGGUUUUAGUCGCACAAUCACAACAGAAUGUACUGAAGCUCUUUGUCAGUUCUGUCUGCUGACUCUCACUGUUGUGUUGCAUUAGAGGGUAGAGGAGGAAUCUCUAAUAAAGAACAGCAGUGGGUGUAAAGACUACCUGAUCGAGGCCAUGAAGUAUCACCUACUGCCUGCUGACCAAAGAGCUCUGAUGAAAACUGCACGCACACGCAUGAGGACGCCAGCUUGCUGUCCCAAGGUAUUCUUCACGAGUACAAGCUUUUGCAGCGAUUACGCUCAGUAUGCACGAUGAAAACAAAAAUCUAAAUUCAUUCUGACUGGCUUCUGCUCAGGUGAUGGUUGUGGUUGGAGGACAGGCUCCCAAGGCGAUCCGCAGCGUGGAGUGUUAUGACUUUGAAGAACAGAGAUGGUACCAGGUGGCUGAGCUGCCAACCAGGAGGUGCAGAGCAGGUAGGAAACCCAAAAUGCAUCCAAAUUAAGACGCUUGGAUCUUUCCAAAACCUGAGAGACGUCUCCACCAAUGGCGUGCUUGUAAAAAUUAAGUUUAUCAGCAGGUCAACAGCAGACAAAGUGUUUCCACUGAUGAACUAGUCUUAUUCUAUCGUUCUUGAAAUGAGUGAAGAGUAUGCUGGGAGAAUAUUUAAUGUCAUGCAGUAAAUCUGUGACAGAUUAUAUAUCAAAUUUGCUGGGGAAGCUAACACUAGCAUCUAUGCCUACUUCUGGAGCAUCCAGAGGCCUUUCUCAGUUUUUUCCUGAGACUUAUGAUCAAGCAUGACUCAAACAUCUCAUAUGAAGUUGUGUUUUCAGAUUCUAUGAGCUAUUGAAGUUGGGGAUGUGGUGAUGCUCAAAUAUUAUGUCUAAGCUGAAGCCAUAGUCACCUGCCACUAGGAAGAGCUGUAGCUUCCUAGAUGUAAACAAGCACAGAGGAUAGAUGACAUCUCAAAGCAUGGCAAGGGUUGGCAGUAUUUUGAUCUUGGAAACAGAGAUAAGGUUAUGUUAUAAAGCUCUGUCUAGUGAAACAGGAAUAUAUCCACCCAGUUGGAUCAGUGUAUAAUCAGUACACAUAUGUGGACAUUAACCUGUAAGUAGGACUGAAGCCUAACCCUAGUGCCCGCUGUGCUAAGGUUGGCAACACUCAGUAAACUAAAUUGACAGCUUUUGCCUGCAGACUCUGUGAUUUGGUGUUAAGUUGUAUUUAAUUAAAGAAGAUACAAUUUUGACUGUUUAUUUCAGUAUUUUCUUACCCUUCCAGAUGAGAUGGCUGGUUGGAAUUUAAAUAUGUCCUAGAGCUAGAACAGCUAGAAAAUUGGGCGCCCAGAAAAUCUGUAAUCAAAGUUUGCCCAUAGAAUGGACAGCAUCUGCCUCCUCACUGGGUGAAGCCACUCAGAGAACAGCGCCCUCUGAUGACGGGCUGCAGCAUAGGUCAUAAAUACUGCCUCUACCAGCAAAGCUUAUGGGGCUGUGGACAAACUUUAGAAAUAUAUUACACAGAACAAAUCCUGAAGCAUUGUUGUGUAUGCUCCAGUCAUGUUCCCUCUGUUGGUUUUUAAUGAGCAGUUUUAAAGGUUAAGUCUUAUUUGGGUCAUUAAUCUGUUUUUCUUAUGUUGUCUUUUAGGUGUGGUGUACGUCGGCGGUUGUGUUUACGCUGUGGGUGGUUUCAAUGGUUCUCUCCGUGUGCGGACGGUCGACUGCUACGACCCGAUGAUGGAUCGCUGGACGAGUGUGAGCAGCAUGCAGGACCGCAGAUCAACAUUAGGGGCAGCUGUGCUCAACGGGCUGCUGUAUGCUGUGGGUGGCUUUGACGGCAGCACAGGUGCAGUAAUGUUUUUAAGACAUAAAUUAAAAACAAUUUUAUUCUUACAGAAUGUUAAAAUGACCAAAAAAAUCCUGUUUAUGUUUUUAAUGUUUUUGUUGCAUGUUCUGUGUGUGUAUGCAGGUCUGUCCACAGUUGAAGCAUACAACGCAAAAACAGAUGAGUGGUUCCAUGUGUCACCAAUGAGUACCAGACGCAGCAGUGUGGGAGUGGGUGUCGUAAAUGGUGAGUUAAAUUUCCACUUCAGGUUUACCAUCAGUAUUUAGAAAUGGAUCAAAGCGAAGAUAUAAUUACAAAAAAAGUGGGAGGUACAAUUUUUCCUAAGUGCAUUUAUAAAUUUUAAUGCAACAGUUUGCAGAGACAUAAACUGGGUUGUAAUUUUCUGGCCUAACAAUGAUUAUUUUUCCAUUUGUAGCACUAAGGUGGCUUCAGAAGGCUAAAAAUACCGCUUUUAUUGGUCUCUAUUGCGCCUGUUGGGAGCGAUGAAAUGGAAGCAUUUCUCCUGUGUUUUUCAGGGAUCAUGUAUGCAGUAGGAGGUUAUGAUGGUGCAACCAGGCAAUGUCUGAGCACAGUAGAAGCGUAUAACCCUAAAAGCAACACCUGGAGCUACAUCGCAGAGAUGGGCACGAGACGCAGCGGAGCGGGUCAGUGUGUUUUCAGAUCCGGAAAAAUAACAGAUUCCAGUCAUCCUCGCAGAAUUUUGCCAUGCUCUAAGAUCUUGUUCAACACUCUUUCUGCUUUGUGUCAAUUGUUGUCCUCAGGUGUAGGCGUGUUAAAAGGUUUACUGUAUGCCGUGGGGGGUCACGAUGGUCCACUGGUGAGAAAGAGCUGUGAAGUUUAUGAUCCAGCUUCGAACAGCUGGCGGCAAGUAGCUGACAUGAACAUGUGUCGACGUAACGCAGGUAAAGCAGACUUUCUGACAGAGAGUUCUCGAGCUGUUUUGUGCAACACAUUCACAAAUAUUCAUCCUGUGUUUGCGUGUGUGUUUGUUUGUAGGUGUGUGUGCUGUAAAUAAUGUACUCUAUGUGGUGGGAGGAGAUGAUGGCAGCUGCAAUUUGGCCUCCGUGGAGUUCUACAAUCCAAACUCGGACAAGUGGACGCUACUGCCAACCUGCAUGAGCACAGGACGCAGUUAUGCAGGUUUGUAGGCGACACGUGAGAAAACAUGAUGGACACUUUCUUACUAAACCGUCAUUGUCCGCCUAAACUAUUGUCAAAAAAGAGAUGAACCUCAGCCAAAGCUCACGAUUAGGAUUUUUGUUGACCUUUUGUAAAAUCACUUCAUUUUUCUUCUCUUUUUUCUUUUCUUCAGGUGUGACUACAGUCGACAAGCCUUUAUGACUGCUCUUCACUCCUGCUGCUGACUCUGAGCAGAGCAUAUUCUCCUGGUGAAAACUGAUCUUGGAUCUGUCUGUGAUGCCAGCGCUUCGAUGUUGGGCAGCAUUAGCACAGGCUCUGGGGAAGAUGAAGAAAAGUGACAAGAUUGUUGUUGUUUAUGAGGAAGAGGAUAAAGAUUUUUGCACUUAACCUGCACGAAAGGAGGGUGUAACAAACGGAGGGGGUGUAGAGCCCGUGUUUUAAUGCCCACCUGGCAGGACUGCCACAGCAACUGCACCACUGCAGUGUCAUUGAAACACUACUGAUAUGAAGCUACUAUAACUGCAAAGUUACCUUGACUUUAGUAUCGCUAACAUGAACCAGCGAGGAGAGGAAGGCAGAGAAAGACCCCUGGGACUAUAAAUCUUUGUUUCUCCUUUGUUUUUAUCCUCCUGAAAGUGUCUCAGAUGAGUGUGUGUGUAUGUACGUGUGUGCGCUUGCAUUUAAAGGUGCUCCUUUGCUUGCACAUGUGAGCAUGUGUGUCUGUGUGCAUCUGAGUUCUUCUGUGGUGAAUCAACGCCGCAUGAAUGCACUCUGUCUGACCUCUGACCUUUUUACAGUGUUGCAGUGUGCCUGAAUGUCACAUUACACCCCUGCCUUCCCUCUUCCUUCUCCUGUGUAACGCCUCAAGUACUGUUACCAGACAGAGCACAGCUGGACCAUGUUCUUGGAGGAAAGGAAUCCGUUUGAGCACUUUGCCUCAUGGUGUGCUGGUUGCAUUAGCCAGUUAUGAGAGGAGCAGUUACAGAAAAUGUACAUUUCUUGAAAAAAUAAAAUAAAAGAAGCUGCUUUCACUGGAAUAAAAUCCCUCUGGUACAGGAGAGGAAUCAUCCAUGUUGCCAAAAACAGUGACAGACGGAGAGAAAAGCUGUUUGAGAUGAAAACAGUCGGAUGUCUCAGUGCUUUACUGUCACCUGGCAGCCAUCUUUGCUGUGGUUGUAACCACUAACGACAGCCUGAACUCACUGCAUGGUCCCUGAUUUCCUCCUCUCCUGUUUUGGUGUAGCAACCCUGUUAUCUACUGCACACCCUGACGUACUAUGAAUGUGCCAAUUUUAAUAUGUCUCUUUAUUUCUGUCUCUCUUCUUUACUACUUUACUAAUCUGUUCUCUCUUUCUCUCUUUUUCUGGGAAGUGACCAAACCUGUUCUCGUAUUUCUUUUUCUUCAGCCUCUUUCUCUUUCCUCUCCUCUUAUAUUUAAAAGAAAAAAAAAAGGUCUUCUAUAAUAUUAAAUGGUAUCGCUAUUUCUUGUCAGUGUAUUGAGGAAUGUCAUGUAGGCUAAUGACUUUGCAAAUGAUUCAUUACUUGUUUUAUAUUAUCAUUAAUAAAUAUGCUUCUUGUAUUUAAAGCUGUGAAAUGAUAUAAUCUGUUUUUAAAACUUUGCCAAAUCAGUAAAACAUUGAAAUGGAAAAACA